AUGUCAUUUGCGGAAGGCGCAGCAUACAAUGAACGACUGAUGCCAUUGGCGAGGGGUACCACACUUCCGGAUCAGUCAUCGCCCGUUGAAGUCAUGAUGUAUGAACUGUGGCAAUCCAUGAGGAAUGUGGACAAAACCUUGGCCGAUGAAGUCCUAGAUCCCAUGUUCGACUUCAUGAGAGCGCAGACGAAUAAGGUACGGGCCACGAACAUGGGUCUUGGUCAAUACCUCAAGUACAGGGAAGAUGAUGUGGGACAAGGGUUAUUAAGUGCAUUAAUGCGGUUCUGCAUGCACCUCCAGCUCUCACCUUCAGAAUCCGAGCUUCUUAGACAGGUUGAGUCAAACUGUUCUAAACACCUCGCUGUUGUGAAUGAUAUUUGGAGUUUUGAGAAGGAACGUGCGGCCGCGAAAGCUGGCCAUAGAGAAGGGGGAGUUUUGUGUUCCAGCGUCUCCAUUGUCGCUCAAGAGGCGUCGGUGUCUGCUGCCGCUGCAAAGCGAACUCUGUAUUGUCUGUGCCGUGAAUGGGAGCAUUAUCAUAUGGAACUAACGUCGUCAAUACUCAAAGAAGCCCAAAGCCCACACGUCAAGGCAUACAUUCAAGGGCUCGAAUACCAGAUGAGCGGUAACGAAGCAUGGAGCAACUCAACUUCUCGCUACAACGGCUAA